CGGACGUCUGCCUUUAUGCCCAUUGAACAGCCGCAUCGAGUCCACGUCUCCGGGUAACUGUACCUCUGCUGGACACUGUCGGCCUUGUAAUUAUCAGCCCGGUUGAAAUCUCAGCUCGCAGCCUUGCUCCUUCCCUAUUGCAAUGCCGCUUCCCAGGAGACCUUGAGCAACACGUACACCAGACCCACCUGAUGAGUGCAGUGAAUGCCCAAGAGAGACAGAUUCAACCUGCCUGAUUCCUUCCAGAAGUGAAGCAAGUGGAAUCCGCUCUCAGGCUUCCUCCUGCCCGGGCCUUCACUUGGUUGCCCCUUCACUUUGUCGGAACUCCGUACGUACAAAGCCCCGGGGAGGGUCCAGGCUUCACUUGCUGCCGUACUUCGUCUGCUUGGUUGUAACCUUUAAAGCUCCUCUGCUUUCCCCCCUCUUCCUCUUCCACCUUUUUGGUUUUCUACCGCAAGUCAAUCGAUCCUUGGCUUUCACUUCCUACCCUUCACCUCUAUUUUCGACACUCCUCUUUUGGUUGCCGAAACACCUACAAAAUCGCCCACAAAGUAUCGCUACUAUCAGAUUUCCUCCGACCUUGAUAACCGCCUACCUCGUCGACCCUCGUGGUAUAUGCCUCCAUAGCACCUUCCUGAAUCCUAUAUACGAUUUUGGACCUUGCCUUGGGCAAACCCACGACACGAUGUACAAAAUCGGCAACAUCUACUUCAUCGCCGCCGUCGCCGUCAUCGGCGGCGCGCUAUUUGGCUUCGAUAUUUCUUCCAUGUCAGCUAUCAUCUCGACUCAGCCGUACCUCUGCCAGUUCAACCAGCUCGGCCACAACGAAAAGGGCUUGUGCCUCGGUCCUACCAACGAUGUUCAGGGUGGUAUCACAGCCGCCAUGCCUGGUGGUUCGUGGCUCGGCGCUCUCUGCUCUGGUUUUGUCUCCGAUACUUUCGGCCGCAAACGCUCCAUUCAGAUAGGUUCCGUGAUUUGGAUUAUUGGUUCCGUCAUCGUCUGCGCGUCUGUCAACAUUCCUAUGUUGGUUGUCGGUCGCAUCAUCAACGGAUUUUCGGUCGGAAUAUGCUCUGCCCAAGUCCCUGUCUACAUUUCCGAGAUCGCCCUUCCAUCGAAGCGCGGUCGCCUUGUCGGUUUCCAGCAAUGGGCUAUCACCUGGGGCAUUCUGAUCAUGUUCUUUAUCUGCUAUGGCUGCUCGUUCAUGAAGGGAACGGCCGCCUUCAGAGUUCCUUGGGGUCUUCAGGCCAUCCCUGCCGCCCUCCUCUUUCUCGGCCUUGUCUUCCUCCCCGAGUCGCCCCGCUGGCUUUGCAAGAAGGACAGAUGGGACGAGGCAAAGGAUGUGCUUACCUUGGUUCACGGAAAAGGAAAUCCCAACUCCCCGUGGGUGCACCGUGAGAUGCAAGAGAUUCGCGAGAUGGUCGAGUUCGAGCGCGCCAAUGCUGAUGUCAGCUACUUCGAACUGUUCAAGCCCAACAUGAUCAACCGGACCUCGAUUGGCGUUUUUACUCAGAUAUGGUCUCAGUUGACCGGUAUGAAUGUGAUGAUGUACUACAUAACCUACGUCUUCACAAUGGCCGGUCUUGCCGAUGGAAGCGAGAAUGCUGUCCUUCUCCCUAGCGGUAUCCAGUUCGUCAUUAACGUCGUCAUGACGAUACCGGCUCUUCUUUGGAUGGAUCGCUGGGGUCGCCGUCCGACCCUGCUGGUUGGUGCAUUCUUCAUGUGCCUCUGGCUCUGUGUCAAUGCCGGCUUGUUUGCUGUUUAUUCACGACCUGCCCGCCCUGGCGAGUUCACUUCCCCGGCCGAGUCCAUGGCUAUCACUGGCGCUCCAGCCAAAGCCGUCAUUGCUUCAACUUAUCUCUUUGUCGCAUCUUUCGCACCCACUUGGGGUCCUGUUUCGUGGACCUAUCCCCCGGAGCUUUACCCGCUUCGUCUCCGCGGAAAAGCCGUUGCCCUCUGCACUUCAGCCAACUGGGCUUUCAACUUUGCCCUUGCCUACUUCGUUCCUCCUGCUUUUGCUAACAUUACCUGGAAAACCUACGUCAUCUUCGCUACGUUCUGCGCGGCCAUGUUCAUCCACGUCUUUUUCAUGUUCCCCGAGACCGCCAACAAGCCUCUUGAGGAAGUCGAGGAGAUCUUUGACGAUACCAAGCCUGGAGCCAUCAAGUACAUCGGCACCCCCGCUUGGAAGACAAGAAACACUCGCAAUCUUACGCUCAAGCAGGAGCACAACGAUACUCUCUCGUCGGAGGAGAAGAUUGGCUUGGAGGAGCACGCUCACAAGGAAACCACCGGCAGAUGAAUCACGAUAACAAUGCUCACUGCAAGCCUCCAAGAAGCAACCGAUAGCUGCUCCGAUAUAUCCGCCUUUGUGGUACGAAAGAUGGGGGGCAAUCUAGCUCGUGUAUUGGUCUUCGAAGUAUAAGACAUCAUCUGAAAGGUAUGCUGGAUGAAGGAGAAGAUUCACAAAUAACGCCGUCAUUGCGGUGGUUCGACGGAUGUAUGCUUAGGGAAUAUCAGCUACGGGAAGUAGGUUUUUUUCCAUUAGCCCUCAAUAUAUGCAUCAUCUCAAAAAAUAAAGAAAAAAAAGGUCAAGGCUCGCUUACUCUUGCCAAUGAAUCAGAAAACAUUUGACGGGAUUAUUGCUCUUGUGGUUUCCCCGCAAGGUUA